GAGUUUUUAUCAUCCACACCACAUAGAUGGAGGAGGAAAGGAAUGUGACUGAAUUCAUUUUAAUAGGUCUUACACAGAACCCCCAAAUGCAAAAAGCAGUGUUUGCAGUGUUUCUGGUUUUGUACAUGGUAACCCUCUCAGGCAACCUGCUCAUCGUGGUUACCAUUACCACCAGCCAGGCUCUGGACUCCCCCAUGUACUUCUUCCUGACCCACCUUUCCUUGAUAGACACAAUUUAUUCUUCUUCUUCAGCGCCUAAGCUGAUUGUGGACUCCCUUCACGAGAAGAAAAUUAUCUCCUUUAAUGGGUGUAUGGCUCAAGUCUAUGCAGAACACAUUUUUGGUGCUACUGAGAUCAUCCUGCUGAUGAUAAUGGCCUAUGACCGCUACGUGGCCAUCUGCCGACCUCUGCACUAUACAACCAUCAUGAGCCACAGGCUGUGCGUUCUCCUGAUGGGAGUGGCCUGGACUGGAGGAUUUCUCCAUGCAACCAUUCAGAUCCUCUUUACAGUCUGGCUGCCCUUCUGUGGCCCCAAUGUCAUAGAUCACUUCAUGUGUGACUUGUACCCUCUGUUGAAACUUGUCUGCAUGGACACUCAUACACUUGGUCUCUUUGUUGCAGCCAACAGUGGGCUCAUCUGCCUGUUAAACUUCCUCCUCUUGUUGGUCUCCUAUGUCGUCAUCCUGCACUCCCUAAAGAGCUACAGCGUGGAGGCGAGGCGCAAAGCCCUCUCCACCUGUGUCUCCCACAUCACAGUAGUGGUCUUAUCCUUUGUGCCCUGCAUAUUUGUGUAUCUGCGCCCAGUGACCAUUCUGUCCGUUGAUAAAGCUGUUGCUGUCUUUUAUACUCAGGUGGCCCCUAUGUUAAAUCCUUUAAUCUAUACCCUCAGAAAUGCUGAGGUAAAAAACGCUAUAAGGAAACUCUGGAGGAAGAGAGUGACUUCAGAUAGUGAUUAAACAGAAUCACUGAGCAUUACAGACAAAAGUAACGGAGGUAAACUUGUCCAAGCCUCUUGAUCUAUAGGUGAAGAUGAAUUCUAACAAGAGAAUGAAUAA